AGAGGCGGUGGUGUGUUUAGGGUUUUUUUUAAAAGCAAAGCCUAUCGCGAUUGAUCGAUCGAGAGAGAGGGAGAGGAAGAGAGAGAGAGAGAGAGAGAGAGAGAGAGAGCGCCAUGGAGGAGAGCUUCGAGGUGCGCGUGAAGCGCCUCUUCGGCUCCCGCCUCUUCGAAACCGUGCCCGGGAACUCCUUCCCGGCCUCCUCCUGGUCCGUCGCCGACGGCGAGGUCGAGCGCCGCGAGUGGAACCGCGGCGGCGGCGGCGGCGGCGGCGACGACGCCGGAGGCGGCGCCGCCGACCGCGGCGAUGCCCCCUGCUCCGCCGCGUUCGACGACCCCGCGGGGUGCUUCGCGAGGAGGGCGAGGAACCAGCGACGGCGCUCUCGGGGUCUCGGCGCGGACCUCGAAGCCGAUCUCGACGACGUAAACGAUGCGGACGAGGAUGUCGAAGGAGGUGGAGGAGGAGGAGAUGGGGAUGGGGAGGGCGAGGGCGAUGGCGAUAGAGAGGAGAGGGAGAUUCGAUCCUCUGUGGGGCUCGAUCCCACCCUCGAUAACGAGGAGGAGGAGGACGAGUUCGACCGAGCGGCGUUCGGCGCGGAGAGCGCACGCAACCGGCUGUACAUGAGGGAAGUGAAAGACCGCGGCCGCCACAUCAGUAUCCACACCGUCGUCCCCGAGUUGUUCGACGACCCCUUUGAUGACUCCGGCCUUUUCUACAGAGAUCCCCGCGCGGAUCACGAUGCGGCAAAUGUGAGGCUCAUGGAAGACGACAAGUCGGCCGAGAAAGACCCUAGUCUUUCGGUCCACAGCAGUUCACGGCCUAAGAUCAUACCCGAGGACGAAGCCAACUUGAAGCCCAUACUGAAAAGAAAGGAGAAUCGGUCCGACGAGAAGCCGAAGAAGCGCGUUCGAUUUGAUUCCGAGCUUCUCGAAAGGACCGAGCAUUGUAACAACGCGGCGAAAGAAGAGAAUCCCUCCGCGUCCUUGGAACCUUCUAGGGUUCCUGAUUAUAUUCUGAAUCCGUCAAAGUACACGAAGUAUACGCUGGACUCGUCCGACAGCAACGACGACAAAAUGAACAAGCAAGCAUUUGAAGACUUCCGCAAUCUGAUGGACAGAUUAAACCCUAAUAAUAACACCGAGACGCAGCCUGACAUCCCAACCGCAGAACUAACGAAAUCCAUCACCUUUAUUCCUCGAAAGAAAGCUGGCGGCGGCGGCGGCGGCGGCGGCGACGACGCCAUGUGUAUCGAUGAGGCCGCCACUCAUGCCAAAGCAAUAGGCUCAAAAUCGUCGGGCUCUAUGUUCAUCGCCGCGGAGGACGCGCGCGAGGCCGACGUGUGUGAAAUGGAGGAAGACCGAGCCGAAGCUUUGGCCGGAGAAGUCGGCCUUGGUAGCUCGAAGAAAGCGGCCCGGAGGUACCGAGCGAAGCCGGCGGAUGAUUCGGGGUGAUGCAAUUCCUCUUCCAUGAUGUGUGUGUGUGUGUGUGUGUGUGUGUUGUUCCCUUUUGCUAUGUAGAGUAUGUUGUGAUGUUUCUAGAAACUUCUUGCAUGGAGGAUUAUUGGGGAUAUUAUGGUAGUAUGCAACUCUUCCUAGAGUUCAUAAAUGCAUGUUGCUGCUUUACUAAACCUUGUGUAGUAAAAGAUAAGAAGUUUUUGCA